UGCUCUCACGCAUAAAGCUGUGUCUCAAAAAGAAAAUUCGUGAAAAUUAUCCACAUAUAAUUACUGAAUUAUAUUAAAAUACAUUAAUGUAAUAGAACAAUAUAUUUUUGACUUGGUAAAAUGAGUAAAUAUACAAUUUCUUAAAAUAUUUUGUUAUCAAUACAACAAUAAAACAUUUAAUAAUCGAAAUGACGGUACGUGCGGUAUAACGAGAAUUUCAGCUGUAAAACGUUCUUACAAUAAUAUGAUGAUUACACUUUAAAAGCUAUGGAUACGUCUGAUGUCCAGUCUGGUGAAGGCAACAUACACAUACGGGCGUAUGGGCUACGUACAUGACCCGCGCUGGAACGCACUGCCCUAAGAAGGUGCACAAGCUGUUUGAAUUAAGAAUUAAAAAAUAAAUUAGCUUGAGCGUAAAUUGUCUAUGGCAAUUAAUAAUCUGUAUUUAAAUGUCCAAAUUAGCGGGAAGUUUUGUGCUUAGUGAAUCAGAUGUGAAGAAAUAUUGUAGGUUUAGUCUACAACCAUGAUCAAGGAAGAUUUUUCAAAGACGAUCAACAAUGGAGUGAUAGAUAAAAUCAGUGACUUCUUUUAAAUAAUUAUAUGACUGUAUCGUAUUUUUAGAAAAAUGAACUUUGUCCAGAAUCGACGUUUCCUAAUAAAAUGGACAAAGAAAUAUAUUUGUGUUUAUUGACCAAAAAGGAUUGCUAUAGUGUACUCUGACUGAGAAAGAUGGAGAAGAAAAAACAUUCAUUUUGGAAGAAAAUAAUUUGGAUAGCUGCAAUUAUCGAAUUUGCGAUGGUUACCAGAGCAACCAAUACCACCACACUUCCACCGCAGGUAACAGAAGGCAAUCAAAGUGAGGGUUAUGUGUGGAGUACUUGGGGCACUUGGAGUCGGUGUUCAAGAACCUGUGGUGGUGGAGUAGCAGUUCAGGAGCGCCAAUGUUUACCAAGAACUAAAUCUACAGCAUCUAACACUACCUUGGCUCCACCAGUAAUAACUAUUAGAGUGGCUAGAGAAACACAGGCAGACUGUUUAGGUGUUGCUAAGAGAUAUCACGAGUGUAAUACUGCUCCGUGUUCUGGAAGUGUUUCGGAUAUGCGCUCUGAACAAUGUUCAACAUAUGACAGGAGACCUUUCCGCGGACGAUUUUAUACUUGGGUUCCAUAUAUAGAUGGUGAUUCUCCCUGUACGCUGAACUGCAGACCUCUUGGUCAACACUUCUACGCAUCAUUAGCGCUGGUUGCAGAUGGAACGCCAUGCACUCGGCCUGGCUUCAGAGCGAUAUGUGUGCAAGGAGUUUGUAAGGUUGUGGGACGGGAAUCAGUGCUGGCAGCGGUGGGUGCAGUUGAUGUGCGAUGCGGUCGGCGUCUAGUAUCUGGCUUGUUCAAUCGUCCACGGCUACCUCUCGGAUAUAACUACGUGACUACAGUACCGAGAGGCGCCUGUCGUCUCAACGUCACAGAAAUACUGCCCACCGAGAACUACAUUGCAUUGAAGAUAUCGAAUGGUUCUUAUAUAAUGAAUGGAGAGUUUGCCGUAAGUCGACCUGGGACGUACGAUGCAGCAGGCACAAGGUUCUUUUACACGCGAGCCAUUGGACUUGAUAGCGUCUUUGCUCAAGGCCCUACGCUUCAUCCCAUUGACAUUAUGAUACUGUAUACUCAACCGAAUCCGAGCAUAAAAUAUGAGUACUACAUAGAAGCAAAACCAGGAGAUAUCGAUAUAGAAGUGGUUACACAAGUCAAUCUCCCCGAUAUUGUGCCAUCAAUACAUACCAAACAUAGUAGAAGACACCAUAGUUUUGAACAUUCACGACCUAAUUUCUCGAGGUAUCCAGAUUUAACGAGCAUGUCACAAGAAGAAGAUGAUGACAUACAAGAAAAUAUUGUCGGUACUAGGAAAUUUAUCUGGAAGAUAUUAACGUUUACGCAAUGUUCUAGAACUUGCGGCGGUGGACUUCAGUUAGGAAAAUACCGCUGCGUAGAAACAACUUCGGGUACGGACAGAGAAGUAUCUUCAGUACAUUGCAGUGGCCCAACACCUGCUGGUCGCAGACGGCGUUGUGGUAAUGUUCCCUGUGAACCGAGAUGGAGAGCUGCUGCGUGGUCCACUUGUCCUAAAUGCGGACCUGCUGUUCGAACAAGGAUAGUCGGGUGUGUGCAGGAUCAUUGGAGGGGUAUCACUAAAGUCAGCGAUACAAAGUGCAAUAGUCGGAAACCUCCAAUUACGGAACCAUGCAACAUCCCGGACUGCAUACCUCCCACGACAGGCAUAACUCUUGGCGGCAGGUCUGCUAUAAGCCCGAGAGAAAACACAGAUACCUUCCGAGACGGUCCGGUGUAUACCGUUGCUGCGAAUAGUACUGAUAUCGAUAUUGGACCACUGUAUACCUUCAGUGCUCCUGCUGGAUGGCUUUAUACGGAGUGGACAGAAUGUGUAGGGUGGUGCGUGGGUGGUGGAGUGCAAACCCGAGGUAUCCGUUGUGCGGACCCAUCAGGCUGUGAGCCGAGGAAAGCGCCCGAGGCUUCUAGGUCCUGUACUCCUAAACUAACCUGCGAGUCUCAUGAUGCCCAGUGGUUUACAGGAGAAUGGUCGCCAUGUUCAUCUUCUUGUAAGGGGAAGCAAGUACGAGGAGUGCUUUGUAUUAGUGGCAAUGGAAGACAUCUUCGUGACAUUGCUUGUAAGGCCCCCAAGCCUGAAAACGAGCGAGAUUGUGGAGAUUCGUGUUCUGCGACUUGGUACUUCAGUGACUGGGGCCAGUGUACCAGUAAUUGUACAGUAGAAAUUGGGGUACAAAAACGGAGUGUCGUAUGCACGCGCGAUAUAAGGCAGGGCGAUAACGGAACGGAUGCGAGUAACGAAUCGGAGUGUAAAAGUCAUAAGCCGGACGCGCAACGGGAAUGUACACCUCGAUGUCCUACAGUUACUGUCACUACUUCAUCUUCAGACAUAUCCUUGAUGUCCCAACGCAACCCUGACUCGGAAACAACUACUACACUAAGAACGUUCACCAGAGAGGUGUCCAAAGAAUGCGAAGAUAAACUGUACAACUGCGUUUUGGCAGUACAGGCGCGUCUGUGCCAUUACAACUACUACAUACAGAAUUGCUGCAACUCAUGCACUGGACGCUGAACUGUAUUUAAUAAUUCCAUAUGUAUGUAUUAUUUUUAGAUAAUGGUACGAAUUCACUUGCAAUUUCCAGUUACGUUUAACUUAUACAUGACUAUAAUAAUAGAUUUUGAACAUUUCUUAUUAGAAUGAGUCAGUGUUGGAUAAAUCAUUUUUACUUUACCAUAUAGUUACUUUAUUGUAUCUAUUAUUACGCACAUCUAUUAUAGAGUGUAGCUAUAGAAAAAGAGCGCCAUUGGCUUCCGCCCUUGUAUAAAUAAUAAGUUAUGCGUCUACUAUAAUUUUCUGACCUUGAUGAUUUUCUUUUCAUAUCCGACAUACACUUGCUUCAGAAUGUGAAUGUUAUAAAAAUAAAACUGGUAUUCAUAUUAUGUGUUUAGUUUGUUUUUCUCCGAUUGGGCAGUUCUAGUAGUCUAUCUAAUAUUUUCUAAUCUAAUCUAGUCUAAUCUACGAUGUACACAUGAGUACAGUCCAGUGAGACAUAAUUUCUAUGGAGAUAUUGUUAGCACUCAAGAUUAUAUCAAACUAUUCUUCAUUUAUGGGAUUAUUUUGGUAUGAAUAUAUAAUACAUAAGCUAUAGUCGCAAUUAUAAAUAGCUACUUACUUUCUCCAAUCAUGUUUGAAUGGCUAAACAGUUUUUAAUGAAAUUUAUUAAGCCGAUGGAGUGAUCUCUAGAUUUACUCGAUUUAUUUGAAAUAACAUGGAUAAAGCCGCUGGUUAUAAAUGAUUUUAUUACUUAAACUGAAUUUAACAUUUUAAUACGUAAUCAUGUAAUAUAUAUUAAUUGUCUUCUAUAUACUUUUUAAAU